UGGUUGCCCUUUCAUUUCCUUAUCUCCUCGUCUCUUUCUCUCUCUCCUCUUUCUGCCAAAAUACAGAGAGAGCGAGCAUGGCUGCCACACUCUCAGCCUUGAAACUCCCCUCUCUCCCUCUCCGCAUUCAAUCCAAACUCCACUCUCCCUCCACCAUUACUCAAACACCAACACCCCCUCAAUCUAACCCUAAUCUUAAAUUAACCCUUUUCAAUCAACAAGAUUUCCUACACACAUUCAAAUCCUCCGCUCUCCCUCUCUCCACUCUCGCAUUACCCUUCCUUCUAGAUGCCCAGGAUGCAUUGGCAGUUCAGGGUGAAUUGGGGUUGUUGGAGGGAAGAACAGCCGCACUGAUACACCCAGCAGUGAUGGCCGGGCUAUUCGGGUUCACAUUAUGGACUGGUUAUCUGGGUUGGCAAUGGCGUAGAAUUAGAACUAUUCAAACUGAGAUUACUGAACUUAAGAAGCAGAUUAAGCCUGUUGCUGUUACUCCUGAUGGCACUCCUGAUAAUCCUGCUCCUCCUUCCCCCUUUGACUCCAAAAUUCAGCAGCUUACUCAGGAAAGGAAAGAAUUAUUGAAAGGGAACUUUAAGGACCGGCACUUUAACGCGGGUUCAAUUUUACUGGGAUUUGGUGUUUUUGAGGCAAUUGGUGGAGGAUUCAACACAUGGAUUAGAACAGGAAAGCUAUUUCCAGGACCUCAUUUGUUUGCUGGAGCAGCGAUUACAGUGCUGUGGGCAGCAGCAGCGGCGCUUGUACCUGCAAUGCAGAAAGGAAAUGAAACAGCUAGAAGUCUUCAUAUUGCUUUGAAUGCUGUAAAUGUUCUUCUGUUCAUAUGGCAGAUCCCCACCGGAAUCGAAAUUGUUUUCAAAGUGUUUGAAUUUACUAACUGGCCUUGAAUCGCGUCUAAGUCAGGUGUGGCAAUAUGCUAAGAUUACUUGUAUAAACAACAAAGUCAGUUUUGUUUAUUUGUGUUUCCUUGUCCCUGAGAUCCUGACCUUGUACUGUGAAUAGCUUUGCACUUGCAAAUAUAAACUGUCUAGUGAUGAAAAUUGUUGUAGAAUAUUGUAUUAAAAUUCUUAUACAAAUGUAUGGAGCUAUUGUUGAAA